UGGGGUGUCUGGCCGCAGCUGAAAGCAAAUUGGGCGAGGACACCGGGGUGAGACGGACAUUGAGUCGAAGCGGGAGUUUAAGCUCAGGUCGUGUCUCUGGUGGGAAGGCGGGCUUCUCCUCCUUGUGCCGUUCCGGGAGAAAAGAAGGCCAAAUUCGGCUUCCGUCUGCCCACAAGCUGCAAGACCAGUGAGAUUGUUACCAUGCAAGUGCUUUUGCGGUUGGAGCAUAGCGUGGAAUUUUUCUGGGCUGUUGUUGCCGGAAUCAUCAUUAGCACCUGGAUCCGGUACACGGUGCUGCAAGGGCUGUCG